AUGACAUUUGCGCGCCUUUUGCUGCCGCUUCUCGCCGUGGCGGGGAGCGUCGUGGGCGAGUUCCAGCCCAUCGAGGUGAAGGGCUCAAAGUUUUUCUACAAAAACGGGACGCAGUUUUACAUGAAAGGCGUUGCGUAUCAGCAGGAUAUCGCAGCCGCCGGCGGUGCCAACGACAAGGACGGCGCCUACUCGGAUCCUCUUGCCAACGAGAAGAACUGCAAGCGAGAUGUGCCUAAUCUCAAGGAACUGGGAACCAACACUAUCCGAGCCUAUGCUAUUGAUCCAUCCGCCGAUCACUCGGUUUGCAUGAAGUUGCUCGAAGACGCCGGCAUCUACGUCGUCGCCGAUCUCAGCGAGCCUCGUCUCUCGAUUAACCGCGACAAUCCCGAAUGGAACGCCAAACUAUUCACUCGAUACCAGAAAGUCGUAGACGAAUUAGCUCAAUACCCAAACGUCAUUGGCUUCUUCGCGGGCAAUGAAGUCAGCAACAACAAGAGCAAUACCGGCGCUUCUGCGUACGUCAAGGCCGCCGUGCGAGAUACCAAAAAGUAUAUCAAGGACAACAAGAACAUUUCGCGCUGGCUUGGGGUUGGGUAUGCCGCAAACGACGACGACGAGAUCCGUGAUCAGAUGGCCGACUACUUCAACUGUGGUGCCACCGAAGAGUCGAUUGACUAUUUUGGUUACAACAUCUACUCGUGGUGCGGCGACAGUAGCAUACAAACGUCCGGCUUCGACAAGCAGGCCAAGUUCUACGAAGACUACUCCGUGCCCGUCUUCUUUGCCGAGUACGGCUGCAACCAGGUUCCCGGGGGUGCUGCCGGUCGCAAGUUUACCGAAACCGAGGCUCUCUACUCGGACAGCAUGACCCACGUCUUUAGUGGCGGCAUCAUUUACAUGUACUUCCAAGAAGCGAACGAUUUCGGUCUCGUCAAGGUCAGCCAAGGCGAACUGACGAAAAUGAAAGACUUCGAUGCCCUUAAGGAGCAGGCCACCAAGGCUGAUCCCAAGCGCCUUCACAUGAGCGACUACAAGCCUGCCGGAAAGCAAAGAGAGUGUCCCGCCGUCGACGACAUCUGGCGGGCGAGCGACUCACUUCCUCCAACUCCUGACAAGGGCCUCUGCGACUGCAUGGUCAAGUCGAGCACCUGCGUGCCCAAGUCCGACACGUCGCCCAAGAAGUUUGGCGACAUCUUCGGCUACAUUUGCGGGAGCGACAAGGCGCUCUGCGCGGGAAUCAGCGCCGACCCCAGCACGGGCGUCUUUGGCGCCUACAACAUGUGCGACGACAGCGCCAAGCUGGCCCAUGUUCUCGAUGCCUACCACACGAAGCAGAAGAAGAGCGCCGAUUCCUGCGACUUUGACGGUGCGGCCACGACGCAGCAGGCUUCCACCGAAGCAUCUUGCUCCCCGGCUCUGGCAUCUGCCAGUGAUCUCAAUAAGCAUGCGGCAACUGCCACCUCGCCUGCAGGCGGCAAGGCUUCAAGCUCGGAUGAUAGCGUUGCUGUUCACGGCGUCUCCAUUACACGCGCCUUUUCUGUCGGUGAUUUCGCCCUUGGCCUGUACAUGAUAGCUGCACUGGGCGCUGGUGCGGCCGCCAUUGUACUUUAA